AUGAAAGGAUUUAUCGUCGGAACAUUGAAGUCCCGCGAAAUCCAUGUGCAGCUUAAGCAGCGACUCCCACAGUCUGUCUGCCAGGUAGGCCGCCCAGCUGAGGUAGUGGUGUACGAAGCUGGAAGAGUACAGGGCGUAAGCCCGGUAGGUGAUAGGCGAGAGAUGUUGUGGGCACUUGGCAUUAUCGAUGCCGCAGCCAAGCAACGUGGACAGGGUCUUAGGAUGGUCCUUGUCGUGGUCGUGGUUGGAGCUUGGAGGGGCGGAGCCUCGGAUGUCCUGGAGGGCAUUGAGGUCGGCGUCACCAAGGAUGUCGCAGUCGGGGCAGUCGUCAUGUCGAGUGGAAACGGCGGAGCCCAGUGGAGACAACGCUGA